AUGAAGGUGGAGUCGACCAAGAGCACGGAUGAGUCCACCAAGAAGUCCUACACCUACAACGCGGAGCGCGUCUUGGGAAGCGGCUCCUUCGGGGUGGUCUACCAGGCCGUGGUGGUGGAGACGGGCGAGUCAGUUGCCAUCAAGAAGGUAUUCCAGGACAAGCGAUACAAGAAUCGUGAGCUGCAGAUCAUGAAGGAGCUGCGACACCCCAAUGUGGUGGAACUCAAACAUGCCUUCUACACCUCCGGCGACAAGCCGGGGGAGACCUACCUCAACGAGAACAACGGGGUGGGGCCGCUGCACAAAUGGCUGGUCAACAUCCUGAGUUGA